CAAUAAAAGCGAUCAUUGCCAUGCUUCUGCCCUGGCUCCUCGUGCUUUCGUGCUUGCUUGCUGCGUCUCCGCGCCCGCUCGGUAUGCAGUACGUCAGCGCAAGAGCCUCGCUGAAUGGGCCAGCCUCGGGCAUGAUGGCCGCGCUGGAUCGCCCUUCAGUAUGGAUUGAGACCGACUUCGAUGCGCACGGGCACGCCCCAGGAAAACGCAGCAUCAAUGACCCGCUGUCCACGGCGAACGGCACCAGCAUCGGCACAGACAUCGUUGAUGUUCUCUCGGAGAUGGUCGGAAAUCCCUUCUUCGCGUUCCGAUGGCUCAGUCCUGCUGGCAUCGGCGGCGCUGUGCUUAUCAUCAUUCUGGGAACAUUGUCGGCGUACUUUGGCCUCUUCAUGCUCAAGCCCGCCCUGUUUUGGCUUGGAUUCUACACCGCAGCAAUGACCUCCAGCCUGAUCCUCAGCCUCAUUCAGGGACACAACAGCUACUACGGAGUCUACGCUGUGCCACUGUACUUGAGCAUCAUGUGGGCUAUGGGCCUGGCCACUGGGCUGUUGGUCGUGGUCGCUCCUGGACUGGGCGUCUCGCUGUUAGGAGCAUACAUCGGCUUUGCCCUGUGUACCGUGGCGAUGGCUCUGCUACCGGUCGACCCUGGAACUAUCGACCCGCCCGCUGUCUGGGCCAUUGCCGUUUCGUCAGCCUUGGUUGGGGUAGUGGCAUCGCAUUAUGUGCAGCGCUGGUCGGUCGUGAUGACUUCAUCUUUGGCCGGCGGUGGCUUGAUUGCCUUUGGGCUGGACUCGAUUCUUCUCCGUAGCGGGCUGUCACAGUACUUCCUGGUAGCGCAGCCGACGUCAAGUGGAAUAUCUUUGGACGGCUCCAAGGUUGCCAUUGUCGUUGCGCUUGCUGCUGCCAAUGCCGUCCUUGGGUC